AUGCGCCUGCCAGCCGACUCUAUCAAUACAUGGGCCGAUUUCAAGUCAGUUUUCCUAGCCGAGUUUUUCCCGUCUUCGAAGACAAGUGCAUUGAAGAGGAAAAUAUCGUGCAUAAGGCAAGAAUAUGAUGAAACCCUGAGCGAGUACUGGGAGAAGUACAUGAGCCUUCUGGAGUCAUGCCCCAACCAUCGCAUGAAGGAGAUAGAGGUGCACCACACCUUCUAUGAAGGAAUGAACAAGGAAACCAAGGAUCUGGCGAAUUCAUCAUCCGGAGGCGAUUUCACACAGUUGAGAACGUACGACAACGCGAGAGAUGGGUACAGCAGAGAAAGGGUAGCAAGUGCUUCGGCUACUGACCAGGAGGAACGGAUGGAUUUGAAGAUGGAGGAAUUAAAGAAGGAGUUGCUGACUGCAAUCAAGCAGAACACUUCACCACCUUCUCCAACUGGAGGCCAAGAAGCCCCAACACUACCAUAUGAUCAGCCGGACAACUCGCUGGAUGUGGAGCAAGCAAAUGCCGUAGGAUACUACAAUUCCAAUGGCAAUUGGAUUCCGGGGAAACAAAGAGAUGCACCGUGGAGGGACCACCAAAAUUUCCGAUGGGGAGAUGGAAAUCAGAAUCAGAACCAAAAUCAGGCUCCAAAUCAACCCAACCCCCAACCGAACCAAUAUCCCAACCGUGGCCCAACAAACCCUGACUACCAGUCUAACUGGGUAGGAAGAAACCAGCAUCCUCAGAACCAAAACUCUCAAAACCAAAACCCGAACCCUACCUAUGUGCCACCCCAUCAGCGAAACUACCAAAACCAAAACCAAACCAAAACCAGAACCAGAACCAAUUUAACCCAGGGCCUCAACAUAACACCCACCACCAAAACCAAAGUCAAGUACCAGCACAACCACGACCAGUAUAACCCUCCUGCCCAGUAUAGCCCAGUACCCACCGAACCAAAACCAACAAAAUUUCUCAGGCUACCAGUCAAACCCGCCACCUCAGUAUAA